ACAAAGUGAUAUUUUCUCGAGAAAAUAUGGGUCAUCCAGACGAUAUAGCACAGGUUACCGACGCAGCUUCUCUAGCUGAACUAGCACAUAGAGAGUAUCAAAUGGGAGAUUAUGAGAAUGCAGAAGCUCAUUGUAUGAUGCUUUUUCGUCAAGAUGCAGAAAAUACCGGGGUGCUCCUCCUUCUCUCAUCAAUUCAUUUUCAAUGUCGACGACUAGACAAGUCGGCAUAUUUUAGUCAGUUGGCUAUAAAACAAAACCCUAUGCUUGCUGAAGCCUACAGUAAUUUGGGUAAUGUUUACAAGGAAAAAGAUAAACUACAAGAAGCACUGGAGAACUAUAGACAUGCCGUACGCCUUAAACCUGACUUCAUUGAUGGUUAUAUAAAUCUAGCUGCAGCUCUGGUGGCCGCUGGUGACAUGGAACAAGCAGUACAAUGUUAUUGUACGGCUUUGAGAUACAACCCCGACUUGUACUGCGUUAGAUCUGAUUUGGGUAAUCUAUUAAAAGCUUUAGGUCGAUUAGACGAAGCAAAGGCAUGCUACCUGAAGGCAAUCGAAACCCAACCUAACUUCGCAGUCGCAUGGAGCAACUUGGGCUGUGUCUUCAAUGCUCAAGGAGAAAUUUGGUUGGCUAUUCAUCAUUUUGAAAAGGCCGUUGCUCUGGAUCCUAACUUUUUGGAUGCCUACAUAAAUCUAGGGAAUGUUUUAAAAGAAGCAAGAAUCUUCGAUCGAGCAGUCGCAGCUUAUCUGAGAGCUUUAAAUUUGAGUCCGAAUCAUGCAGUUGUUCACGGAAAUUUAGCCUGUGUGUACUAUGAGCAAGGCUUGAUUGAUUUAGCUAUUGAUACUUAUAAAAGAUCCAUUGAAUUACAACCAAACUUUCCUGACGCUUACUGCAAUCUUGCUAAUGCACUUAAAGAGAAGGGAAAGAUAACUGAAGCCGAAAAAUACUAUAAUGUGGCUCUUCAAUUAUGUCCCACACACGUAGAUUCCUUAAAUAAUUUAGCAAAUAUCAAAUUUGAGCAAGGCAACAAAGAUGAAGCAGUUACUUAUUAUUCAAAAGCUCUGGAAAUUUAUCCAGAAUUUGCAGUCGCCCAUUCCAAUUUGGCUUCGGUGCUGCAACAGCAAGGAAAACUACAAGAGGCGCUUGAGCAUUACGGUCAAGCAAUACGUAUUUCUCCAACGUUUGCGGAUGCAUACUCAAAUAUGGGAAAUACACUAAAAGAAAUGCAAGAUGUACAGGGUGCCCUACAGUGUUACAAUCGUGCUAUACAAAUCAAUCCAGCAUUUGCUGAUGCACAUUCAAAUCUAGCCUCCAUACAUAAAGACAGCGGAAACAUACCUGAUGCUAUAGCUUCCUAUAGAACAGCUCUGAAAUUGAAACCCGACUUUCCUGACGCUUAUUGUAAUUUGGCACAUUGCCUACAGAUAGUCUGCGAUUGGAAUGACUAUGAAUAUCGAAUGAAAAAAUUAGUGGCAAUUGUAGCUGAGCAGUUAGAAAAGAAUCGUUUACCUUCCGUUCACCCUCAUCAUUCUAUGCUAUAUCCAUUAACCCAUGAAAUGCGCAAAGCCAUCGCAGCAAGACAUGCAGCUCUUUGCCAAGAAAAAGUUAAUGUAUUGCAUAAAAAACCUUACGAACAUCAGAAAACUUUACAAGGUAAACUACGGAUAGGUUAUGUUAGUUCAGAUUUCGGUAAUCACCCUACUUCUCAUUUGAUGCAAUCGAUACCCGGAAAACAUACAUCGAACGUCGAGGUAUUUUGUUAUGCCCUCACUUCUGACGACAACACUAACUUUAGGAACAAAAUUAUGACUGAGGGCGAGCAUUUUGUUGAUUUAUCUUCCAUACCUUGUAAUUCGAAAGCAGCCGAUAGAAUUUAUGCUGAUGGUAUUAAUAUCCUUGUAAAUAUGAAUGGUUAUACAAAGGGUGCCCGCAACGAAUUGUUUUCGCUGAAACCUGCUCCAUUGCAAGUAAUGUGGUUAGGCUAUCCUUCGACAUCAGGUGCACAGUGUAUGGAUUAUAUAAUUACGGAUAAAGUUACAUCACCAGGCCAUCUUGCUUACUUGUAUAGUGAAAAAUUAGCUUAUAUGCCACAUACUUUUUUCAUAGGAGAUCAUAAGAAUAUGUUUCCUCAUUUAAGAAACAGAGCUGUUUUGAUAAAAGACGGUAAAAGCAGAGAAAAUGCGGCAAUUGUUAAUUUUAAUAAUCUUGAAGAACUUGUGGAAGCUCACGGGACUGGCGAAGUGCAAAUAGGUGAAGUAGAAGAGACAGAAGAUGGACAAUUGACAUUACCCCUCCUUUCAGAGGAAUUUUCCAAAAUUUGUUUAGAUGUUUCAUCGCAAUCAGCCGAUCAACCGAACGUUCAAUUUGAGUCUUUUACAAUCCAGAGCGGAUUAAGUAUUAGUCAAACAAAUUCAAAAGCUGCGUCAGGAGAAGAUAUACCAUCAACUAUUAUAGUAUCCACAAGAGCACAGUAUGGUCUGUCUGAUGACGCUAUUGUUUACUGCAAUUUUAAUCAGCUGUAUAAAACCGAUCCAGAAACCAUUAGAAUGUGGGUAAAUAUAUUACAGGAAGUCCCAAAAUCUGUUCUUUGGCUACUAAGAUUCCCAGCUGUGGGAGAGCCUAAUCUUUUGGCACAUGUGGCUAAGCUGGGAUUGGAUCAAACACGCGUAGUCUUCUCGCAAGUUGCCCCUAAAGAAGAACAUGUUAGAAGGGGCCAAUUAGCUGAUGUAUGUUUAGAUACACCACUUUGCAAUGGGCACACAACAGGAAUGGAUGUUCUCUGGGCGGGAACACCAAUGGUUACCCUUCCUGGAGAGACGCUGGCGUCCCGCGUAGCGUCUUCCCAAUUGUGUGCUCUAGGUGUUCAAGAAUUAGUUGCCAAGGAUAAGGCUGAUUACGAAAGAAUUGCUAUUCGUCUUGGAACAGAUGAAGUAUUCAGAAAAGCUAUUCGGGCGAAAGUUUGGAGGAAAAGGAUGACAUCAACGCUGUUUGAUACUGAUAUUUACGCAAAAGAUCUUGAAAGAUUAUAUGGUACUAUGUGGAAAAGGCACGAAAGAGGACAAGCGGUUGACAAUAUAUUUGAAUUGGAAGUUUAA